CACUGAUACCGACAUCCAUACGCCUCUUACAUUGUAAUCAACCAACCAAGUCAAUAUGAAGCUCUCCACCGUGUCCCUUCUUGCUCUGUCCGCCGCUGCAGUCAAUGCCAGGUUCGUUGAGCAGCACGAGACCAACCAGGUCGUCCUCGCAGAUGUCGAAGAGCAGUUGUAUUUAAUAGAGCUCGCGCCUGGAAAGACCCAAUGGGUGACGGAAGAGGAGAAGUGGGAGCUGCGCAGGAAUGGCCAGAACUUUAUGGACAUUACCGCCACCCAGCAACUUGGUCAGUUGAUGUCAACACAGGCAAAGAAGGAGCCCAAGUUCCCAGCAAAGCCUACCCUCCAGAAAGACCUGGCGCCGAUGAUCAAAAACCUGUCGAAGGACAAGAUGAAAGAGAAUCUCGAAAAGUUCACCUCCUUCCACACGCGAUACUACAAGUCCGACUACGGCAAACAAUCAUCAGAGUGGCUGUUGAAGAAGGUCCAAUCAAUUAUCGAGGACUCAGGUGCGGACAAAUACGGGGUGCAUGCUGAGCAUUUCAAGCAUCCUUGGGGCCAGAACUCCGUUAUUGCUACAGUUCCAGGAUUGGAAAAUAGCACGGUGGUUGUGGGAGCACACCAGGACAGCAUCAACCUGUUCCUCCCCUCCAUUUUCUCUGCGCCGGGCGCGGACGACGAUGGUAGCGGAACAGUAACCAUCCUCGAAGCCUUCAGGGUUCUGCUUUCAUCGAAGGAUGUUAUCAAGGGCAAGGCCCAAAAUACAGUCGAGUUCCACUGGUAUUCCGCGGAGGAAGGUGGAUUAUUAGGUAGUCAAGCCAUUUUCUCGGAAUACGAGAAGACUGGCCGGGAUGUCAAAGCUAUGCUACAGCAAGAUAUGACUGGUUACGUGCAGGGAACCUUGGAUGCAGGCAAGGAAGAGAGCGUGGGAGUCAUCACCGAUUUCGUGAACCCCGCUUUGACUGAAUUUAUCAAGGAAAUUGUGACAGAGUACUGUGAGAUCCCGUACAUUGAGACAAAAUGUGGAUAUGCAUGCUCUGAUCACGCUUCGGCCUCAAAGGCGGGAUAUCCCUCUGCUUUUGUCAUCGAAUCCGAUUUUGCGGACUCGGAUAAGAAGAUCCACACUUCUGAUGAUACGAUCAAGUAUCUCAGCUUUGAUCACAUGCUUCAACAUGCGAGAUUGACUCUGGGUCUUGUAUAUGAGUUAGCCUUUGCUAAGUUGUGAGAUAUGUGUUGAUGAGAGAAACGAAUCGAUGGGAACAUAUUGUAACACUUACUAUAAGACACCAGCUUCACAGUCGGCGUGAGGGUUGACAGCUACCAUAGUCAUGAGAAUAGUGUAUAUGAGAUUCAGAGCUUCAGCCAGACAAUAAACAAUAUUUGCAAUUUAAUACUUGAUACGUCA